UGUCAGCUUUCUGGUGCCAAGCCGACUUGGCAGGAGUUUGGGUUCCCGUAUACAGUACCAACCUGCAUACUACUUGGGUAGUAAGAGUGCUGUAUCUCCAGCUAUUAGCCAUGAAGACAGCAAGUCUCACCCAGUUCUGGAAGGGCUACAGAUGCCAUUCUCUCGUUCUAUGAUAGGAAGCUUUUUCCAGGAGCAGCCCAAGCUCGGGAACCAGUUCCUUGAGGAUGCCACUCUCCAGAGUUAUUUAAGGAGACAUCUCCCUCCACUGGUUCUGGAGCAAGCAAGCCAAGAUCUUGAGCAGUUUGGACAACGCAUAGUGGAAGAGAUUGAUUUACUUGGACGAGAAUGUGAAUUAAACCCACCACAGCUGCAGCAGUAUAAUGCCUGGGGUCGCAGGAUCGAUCAUAUCAUUACCUGUCCAGCCUGGAGAAGAAUGAAAGAGAUAUCUGCAGAAGAGGGCUUGAUAGCAGAAGCUUAUGAGAGGAAGUACUCUAGCUGGAGCCGUUUAAUCCAGGUUGUGAAGCUCUACUUGUAUUCUCCAUCCUCUGGCCUCUUCUCAUGCCCUUUAGCUAUGACUGAUGGUGCAACCAAGGUUAUAGAGGUACUCGGUAGCCCAGCUGCUCUUCAGGAUGCCUUUAAACAUCUUACUUCUCGCGAUCCAAGCCAGUUUUGGACAUCAGGGCAAUGGAUGACAGAGCGCAAAGGAGGAUCAGAUGUGGCUUAUGGCACUGAGACGUUGGCCUAUCCUCAACCUGAUGGAACCCACAAACUGCAUGGUUACAAGUGGUUUACAUCAGCCACAGACUCUGAUAUGACUUUGACUCUAGGAAGAGUGGUUGAUGAACAAGGACAUACAAUACAAGGCUCUAAAGGACUGUCCCUUUUCUACCUGGAAGUACGAGAUGCAAAUAUGCAAUUGAAUGGAAUUGAAGUUCAGAGGCUUAAAGAUAAACUGGGCACCCGGCAGCUUCCAACUGCAGAACUUUUGUUGGAUGGUGUAAGGGCUUUGCGGAUUUCUCCUGAAGGCCGUGGUGUGGCUACAAUUUCGAGCAUGCUGACCAUCACUCGUAUACAUAACACAAUUGCUGCAGUAGCUGGAAUGAGGAGGGUGAUCAACUUGGCACGAGAAUAUGCUUCAAAGCGAUUUGUGUUUGGCAAUCUGAUAAAGGACCACCCACUUCAUAUUCAGACUAUGGCACGAAUGGAGGUAGAAACACGUGGAGCAUUUCUUCUGUUAAUGGAAGUUGCACGCUUGUUAGGAUUGGAAGAAACAAACAUGGCAACAGAGCAGGACCAACAUCUCCUCCGGCUGCUCACUCCUGUUGCCAAACUAUACACUGGAAAACAGGCUGUUGCAGUAAUAUCAGAAGGACUUGAAUGCUUUGGAGGACAAGGAUACAUGGAGGACACUGGUUUACCAGCUAUGCUGAGAGAUGCGCAAGUGCUGACAAUUUGGGAAGGAACAACUAACAUCCUAUCAUUAGAUGUUCUUCGUUCAGUAAUCAAGAGUCAGGGGCAAGUACUCGGUGGCUUCUUCUCAGCUGUUCAGGAGAAGCUGGAAGCCUCAUCCAAUGUACCGGAGUUGUCACAGCCUACCUCAAAGUUACUGCUCGCUCUGCAGCAUCUAAAAAGCUUCACUCAACUGGCAGGAACAAAAGGAAGCAGCUUUAUGGAACUUGCUGCACGAGACUUUGCCUACAGUCUGGCCAAGAUCUACAUUGGUUCUCUCUUAGUAGAACAUGCAGCCUGGGCUGAAGCUACAGACUCCUCCAUAUAUUGUGCUCAAAGGUGGAGUGAACAAGAUCUGUGUCCAGUGAACAAGGCAGAAGUGUCUGGGUGCUACAAUUCAGAGGCAGCAUCCAUGGACAGACAGCUGGUGUAUGAAAAAAGCCCUUUGUUUAUGGGGAAGCUGUAGAGUACCAAUUUCAAAAUCAUGAUUCUUGUUUUUGUUUGUAAGAACAUCA